AAUGUCCAUCCCCACCACCCAACGAGCAUGGCGCGCCGUCGCCAAAGGGCAGCCUCGCGAUGCUCUCAAACUCGUAACGGACUUACCCGUUCCUACAGCGCUCAAGCCAGGUGAGGUUCUUGUCAAGGUUCAGGCGGGUGCACUCAAUCCAGUGUUCUACAAACUCCUCGGCCUUUUACCCAACUUCAUUGCCAAAAGACCUCUGACCGCAGAGCAUGACUUCGCCGGCGUAGUAGUCAACCCAAAUGGUUCGCACUGGUCAACCGGUGAUCAGAUAUUUGGUUGGAUACCAGUGGGCCUCAACCUCAAGACAAGGGAAGGUGCUCUCUCUGAGUAUACUGUUGUACCUGCGGACUAUAUCACCACUCGUCCUCCGAACCUCACCCCGACCCAGGCCGCCGGCAUCUCACUAGCUGGUAUGACCGGCUAUCAGGCACUCUUCCAGGUUGCAAAGCUGGAAGCUGGGCAGACUGUCUUUAUCAACGGCGGCAGUACAUCUGUCGGCGCUUUCGCCAUUAUCUUCGCAAAGGCGAGAGGCAUCAAGGUCGUCGCCUCAGCGUCUGGCAAGAAUGAAGCGUUCGUUCGCAAGAUGGGCGCUGACGAGUUCAUUGACUACACUAAAGAAGACCUAGCCACCUAUCUCCAGCAGAAUCCACCUUCACCUAAAUAUCAUGCUAUCUUUGAAGCUGUCGGCCUGGCAGACUGCUCCCUCUAUCUUCAUUCUGAGAAGUACCUCGCCCCCGGUGGCGUGUUCGUAUCUACCGGGCCAACCCCGAAAUCCUGGGGCGACGCACCGAAAAUCUCCAAGUUGGUAUUCGCCUUUCUUCCGAGGUUCCUUGGAGGUGUUAACCGGAAGUUCGCGAUUGUCGGAGUUGAUCAUAAGAAGGAGGAUCUCGAGGCCAUGAAGGAGAUACUCGCGCAGAGUGAAGUAAAGCCUCCUGUCGACUCCGUUCACACCUUCGAGGAUGCUCUCAAUGCGUACGAUAGGAUAAAGAGUGGUCGAGCCACUGGCAAAGUCGUUGUCAAAAUUGACCCAACCGUCGACUAAGGAGUCGGUUGUUCGAGUUUCUCAGUUCUUUUACGUAUAUCGCCGCCCAUGUACCUCCCCUUGUGAGACUUGAACUAUGUAAGUUGUUGGUCGGGAGGCGCCUUGUCGCCUCAUUCAUGACAGAUUUGUUUCAUUUAGUCGGGUGUUAUUUUCUGUUCAAACUACUCGAGAGAGCGAUUCUUUAGCCACUAGUACACAGUCCCGUACCAAGCAGUCAAAAGUGUGGCGUUUCUGUGGCGUCGCAAUGUAACGGAAAACGCGUGACGUCACGCGUCU